CUGGAAUUCUACCGAAUGGUACAACCGCGUCUUAUAAAUACCACCGAAUUUAGCGUGGCUGGAAAAUAUUAAAAGUCAUCACGAGUAAAACGUCGAUCAACAUUACCAACAUGGAGUGGACUCCGAUGGAAAUCAACCCUGAGGUGCUGAACAAGUUGAUGACUAAAGUCGGCGUGGGCGAGAGCUGGCAUUUCGUGGACGUCCUCGGCUUCGAGGCCGAGCAGCUAUCCGCCGUCCCGAAGCCGUGCUGUGCCCUGAUGCUGCUCUUCCCCAUCACACAAGAGCAUGACUCUUUCAGACAACAGCAGGCAGAUAAAGUGGUGCAGAGCUCGGACGCCUACUUCCUGAAGCAGACGGCGACCAAUUCCUGCGGCACAAUCGCUCUGCUGCACGCGCUGGCAAACAACCAAAGCAAACUGACCUUCGAGAGUGCUUCUGUGUUGAAGAAGUUUCUGGAUGAAACUGCCAAGAUGUCUGCUGAUGACCGUGCCAAACAUCUGGACAAGAACCAGGCAAUCCAUGAGGCUCACAAUGAGGUUGCUGCACAGGGACAAUGUAGGCCAGAAGCAGAUAAGGUCAACUUCCACUUUAUUGCCUUUGUCAACGUGAAUGGACAGCUCCUUGAAUUUGAUGGGAAGAUGAAUGGCCCCCUAAACCAUGGAACCACCAAAGAUGAGACCCUCCUAACGGAUGCUGCCAAAGUGUGCCGAGGAUUUGUGGAGCGAGGACACGGCGAAGUACGCUUCUCCGCCGUGGCUCUGUGUCGUGCUUAAAUUCCCUACCGGGACAAAAUGUAGACAACAAAAAAACAUUUAUCUGCAUUUUCCAGGCACUGUUAAGCAAGUAUUGUUUUCACUAAACACACAAAUGUAGGUUAUACACCUCUUCUUGUGAACUAUUAGCACAACUGUUGAAAAUGUGCUGAAACUGUGUUCCCCUUAGAUGUGAACAAACAAAUCCCACUGCUGUUUUAUUUUAUUUUAUUUUAUUUUUUGCACAAGUGCUUUUUGGACUGUUUAGAUGACUUGCUGCUAAUUGGUUGAGAUCUGAUGUUCCUCACAGCCUAAAUGUAGCUUUAAGAAUGUUUGUUCACAUGAUGGACUCUAUGACUCAUUUGAAGAGUGCAAUUGAGCUGAUUAGUUUGCUUUACUUUGCACAGUUAGAAUUGUGUGUGUGUGUUGCAGUGUUCUUCGCACUGUUGGUGUGGCUGUUACUGACACAAAUAAAGUGCUUUUG